AUGAAGACCGAUCAGCAUAAGGUAUGUGAACAAAGAGUGUCGAAAUUUCUUGAACGCGUUUCGAAAGCCUUUAUAGAUAAUGGCAACUUGGAAACACCUCAUCCUAGGAAGUCACUACUCGGAACGAGGGGAUGCUCUUCACAAAACUUCUCCUCCUGCUGCUGUUCCUUCUUGAAGAUAGUUCUGCGGCCAGUUUGCGGAAAGAUGAACAAGCAAGUUGAAUGUUUACUCGCCUAUUACAAUGAUGACGAUCUAGCUCUGUGCAAGAGCCUUUGCCGUGAUCUCAGCGACCGUCGUUCAAGAAGUAGUCUCAGCCACUAUUAUUCAAGAGUGUUCUGUGAAGAUCUCUGGCCCUGCGAUGGCGAAAGGUUCCUAAAAUCUGAAUGA